GCGAAUAUUUAUACAAAGUGGUUGAUUUUUCUAUUAUCUUUCUCUUUUUUCUAGAACAAAACUUAUGAAUAAUAAGCAAGUUGUACGUGAGCCAAUAAAAAGGUCCAAGGCAGAAACACAGACAGUGUAUAUCACAAGAGGUUAUGCAUGGACUCAAAGUGACGCUUCUGUCACUGUUUAUGUCCAGUUUAAAGAUGCAUAUAUGAUUGAAAAAGAUGGAUAUGUACUCCAUGUAGAAAAUAGGAGUAUUGAACUAGAUAUUCUUAAUUAUCAAGGCGCAAACCAUAAGUUUAAAUUAAGCCAGCUAUACGAUUGUAUUCAUCCUCGAAAGUUUAUUAUUAAGUUUAAAGAAAACAAAAUUGUAAUUAUACUGUAUAAACAAAUAGCAGGUAAAAACUGGCCUGACCUGAGAAUAAAGUCAACUCAGGCUAUUUAUAAUGAUCUCGAGAGAUUAGAGAAGCAAUUUGACUCGACAGACAAGAGCUUUGACUCGCCAUUUCAAGCAUGUCCACAACAUAAAUAAAUGGCUUGUAUUGUAUGAUUAAGGUUUAUAUUUUACUUUUCUAAAUGUACAUGAGAUACUUUCUCAACAAAGAUGCUGUUAUCCUUGGUUCUACUGAUAGGAGUAGAGUCACUGCCUUGUUCGAUAUCUUUCACAACAAAGUCUUUUUCUGUUUGGGGUGUGCCUUCGUCUUCUGAAUAAUUAACCACGGGUCCUGUAAACCAUUUACGAGCAUCUAAUACAUAACCACCGCAUGCACCUAUAAACACAAGUCCUACAGCUAAACAAGCAUCUAUGGAGAAGAUAAGAAUACAGAAAAAUAAAGUUUCAUCUUACAGUUCAUUGUGACAGGUUCCACAGGAUCUAAGCGAAAAAGAAAGUUA